GGAUCCGUCGCUGACUAUGAGCGUCGAGCAGAACGAGCUCGACGACGAGCACCCACUCGUCCUCGAACUCUCCAGUCUCAGACAAACAGCAGCUCGAUUUCAGCAUGAAGCACACCAAGCUGCUCUCAAACUCCAGCGUCACACUCUAGCAACAGCCCAAACAGACGACCGCUUACAUUUCCUCGAAUCACAACAUUCCUUGCUCUUAUCUGAGCUAGCUACCCUCCGUGCUCACCCCUUACCCAACUCUCAAUCAGACACACACGUCGUCCAAGAACUCACUCUGGCCCUAAGACGCUCUUCCGAGAAACUCGAUCUCACAGAACAUGCACUAGCAGAAAAGAUAGCUGAACUCGUAAACACCCGCACCGAAGCCCAAAAAGCCCGAUACAACGCAGAAGGCGCGUAUAAACUCGCAGCAAGUGUUCGUGCACGCGAAGAGGAAGGUAAAGUCCGCGAACGUAGCUUGGAAACGCGUCUCCAAGCUGCAGAGGAAGAACGCAGGCUCAUAGAGCUCGUGGUACACGAGUAUGCUGAUCUCGUACGCAGUUUGGAUGGCAGGAAGAGCUCGCUUGGUAAUGGGGGCGCGGUACUGCAAAACGCAUCUGCGUCUGCGUCUUCUCUCACCCUCGUCGAAGGGCUCCAUGAGGGCAAAUCAAACUUGCAUCGCCUUACGACCGAAUUUGCUUUCGAGACCGAGAAACGCGAAACGAGCAUCACCCAGCUACGCAAUGAAAUCACAAAUUUGGAGAACAUCCUCGAUGCUGAGCGUAAAACAGCCGCUCAUGACCGUGCUCACCUCGCAAAAGCGCAGUCAGAAUUAGAAGCACUAAAGCUAGACGAUACCACAGCAGCCAAGAUGGUUUCCCGAUACAUGAAAUUCUCGCAGUCUCAAACUAAUGCCCUUCAAUCCACACUCACGACUCUCCAAACACGACACACAUCUAGCCAACACACUCUCCAAUCAACGAUCAACGACGCUGAAGCACGAAUGCACGCUCACAUAGCCGAGAAUGCACGCCUUCGUGACGCCUUAGAAGAGCUCGGCGAAGAAGUAACCAGGGAAGCAUAUGGACGGCGAAGGGAAGUCGCACUACGUCUUGCUCUUCUCGCACGCGAAGAAGCGCUCAGUGAAGCCCUACGCCGAUGGGUUCGAAGAGCCCAAGAAGGUAUGCACCGCUGCGCAGACGCAGAUAGUCAAAUGUAUGCAGCUUUUGAGCGGGCAGUGAAAGAUGCAGAAAGUCUCUUGGUGACGCUGGAUGCGGAAGUAGCUGGGAGUUUGGUUACUGGUGUGUUUGGGAGGUUGGUUCUUGCUAAGGACGCUGUGAUGAGAAUGACUGAAGAGGUUGGGGUGGAGGUCGAGAGAAGAGUAGCUGCUGAGCGGAGGAUUUCCUUGGGCAUGGGGUCUCUUGACGAGAUUGCCCACGAACAGACUAUUUCAUCGCCUGCUGUCUCGAUCCUCAAUCUGACGCAGACCCCCGCUACGAAAGAGGUGUAUACUUUACCGCAGUCUGCCGAACUGCCCGCGCCUUUGGUGCCCGCGAAUGAGCUGCCUAUGGAGCCUGUUGACAUGGAUAGAAUGCUGGAUACUCAAGAAGUCAAAUUGCACAUUCAAACACCUGACACUAAAGGUACACCUUUGCCCGUCAUAGGCGAGAUCACGCCUGGUACCUCGCGGCUGCUUCUCGAUUUACCCGCCGAUCCAGGUCGGUGUACUGCAGUAUCAAUCCUCGAUCUGGUGCAGAUCCCUGCUGGGGAAGAGGCGUGUAUUUUGCUGCCUUUUGUCGAAUCGCAUACGUCUUUGGCUUCCGCCAAUAAAUCACUCAUAGAGCCUGACACCGAUGGAACUUCAGAUACUAAGGAUACCCCACCACCCCUUCUCCUAACGAAUCUCACAAAACAGGAAGAAAGUCCCACUAACCAAUUUCUGGAAAGAAAGGAGGAUUCCGGUGUCUUCUUCACUUCAGCUGCUACAAACGAAAUCUCAUCCUUAUUGGCCUCCCUCAGCGAAGUCAGCCACCGCUACGACACCCUCCAACACGCAUUCCGCGAUUGCUCUCUCGCGCUCAAAGACCUUAAACGCUUGCUCCCCCCCAUCGCCAUCGCCUCCCCGCCGACACUAACACCAACACCUUCUCACUCUGCCAGAUCCUUCCUUCGCACCGCCCUAGAGCGCAUAUCCGACUACACCGAAGACGUCCGUGUCGAGCUCGAAAUCCGCAUCACAGACGAAGCACUCGCCAUUCGCGGUUUUGAGACCCUCCUCACCGUCCCAGGCGCGCUUUCCCUUUCAUCGGAUUCGAAGUUGGACCUUGAAGAAAUGCGGGCUUUUGUUGAUGGACGUGACGAGGGUGUGAGGAGAGCUAGGGAUAGGCUUGAGGAAAAAUUGGUGGAUGUACAGCAUGAUGUAGCGGUUGUUAAGCGGGCUGUGCAUGACUUUCAGGUUCAGCUUGACGAGGAGAGUGAACCAGAGGAAGACAAAAGCUGGUCUGCAUGGACAUCAAGCCUCCUCCCUCGUUCAUCCACGCCUACACCAAGCCAAGCGCCUACAUUUGGUUCUAUGAUGACUUCUCCGCGAUUGCGGCGUUCCUCCUCGGUGAAGCAACUAUUUUCGCUUGCAGAGCUAGAGUUGAGAAUUCCUAUGCCGUUGCCUGCGUUGAUACCUCAAGCUCAGCCUGCGUAUGGAGCCCUUGGACUUGGGGUGGGAUCUGGAGCUGCACCGGGGUUGGGACGUCAACGGACGAUGUCAAUGAUGUAUUCGUUGGGGAUCGGGUCUAGGGCUUCGGUUUCGACUUCGGCGUUGGGGUCAGUGUCGUCAUUGGGGAUACCUGGGAUGUCACCUGUGAAGAAUGGGGGAGGCAGGAGUAGGUUUGUCACGACCCCGCUCACUGGUGAGACCCGCCGUGAUCGUGAUGAUAGUGAUGUCGAGUGA